UUUGAGACCUGGCUCAGCCGACAGAAGCUGAGGAAGCCGGUCUCAGGGACACUCUAUUGGGACCCGGAGCUGAAUGUGGCGGCAGGACGAGCUAAAGCGAGACCCCCGAGUCCGGGCACGACCCUCUGAGCCCCAAGACUGUCCCAGUGUCCCAGCCCAGCUUGCAUCUGAGCGGAGGAACGGGCUCCAGGAUGCUGGUAGCCCAAAUGCCUUUCCCAGACAGAGGAGCUGCGUCUCAACACCCCAGCUGGGAUCUAUCCAGGAUCACUACAGAAGCCUGAGCUGUUCUUUAUUAGGAAUGCAUGUUCCCAAGGCGCCCUCUGGUGGAUUUGGAGUUGACAGUCUGUGAAUUCCAAGUGAUGGCCAGGGUCCUAGUACCUAGCCUCAGAACCUUCCUUUGGAAUGAGACUCUGCAUGAACAUUACAACUACGUGGGCAAGCUGGCCAACCGGCUGAAGGAUACCCCCGAGGGCAGCACCCUCACCACUGUGCUGUUCCUGGUCAUCUGCAGCUUAAUCGUCUUGGAGAACCUGAUGGUUCUGAUUGCCAUCUGGAAAAACAAUAAAUUUCACAACCGCAUGUAUUUUUUCAUCGGCAACUUGGCUCUCUGUGACCUAUUGGCUGGUAUCGCCUACAAGGUUAAUAUUCUGAUGUCAGGGAAGAAGACACUGAGUCUCUCUCCCACAGUCUGGUUCCUGAGGGAAGGCAGCAUGUUCGUGGCCCUUGGGGCAUCCACUUGUAGCUUACUGGCCAUUGCCAUCGAGCGGCACUUGACCAUGAUCAAAAUGAGGCCAUAUGAUGCCAACAAGAAGCAUCGAGUCUUCCUUCUGAUUGGGAUGUGCUGGCUCAUUGCAUUCUCACUGGGCGCCUUACCCAUUCUGGGCUGGAACUGCCUGAACAACCUCCCCGACUGCUCCACCAUCCUGCCCCUCUAUUCCAAGGGCUACAUUGCCUUCUGCAUUAGCAUCUUUACCGCCAUCCUGGUGGCCAUUGUGAUCCUAUACACACGCAUCUACUGCCUGGUGAAGUCCAGUAGCCGCAGGGUGGCCAGCCCCAACAACUCAGAGCGGUCCAUGGCCCUUCUAAGAACCGUGGUGAUUGUGGUAAGCGUGUUCAUUGCCUGCUGGUCCCCACUUUUCAUCCUCUUCCUCAUUGAUGUGGCCUGCAAAGUGAGGGAGUGUGCUGUCCUGUUCAAGGACAAGUGGUUUAUUGUGCUGGCAGUGCUCAACUCUGCCAUGAACCCUGUCAUCUACACGCUAGCCAGCAAGGAGAUGCGGCGUGCUUUUUUCCGACUGGUCUGCAACUGCCUGGUCAGGGCCCAAGGCACUGGUUCCUCACCUAUCCAGCUUGCUCUGGAUCCAAGCAAAAGCAAAUCCAGUGGCAGCAAUAACAGUAGCCCCUUCCCCAAGAGCAAGAAAGACAUUCCUCAAACAGUCACUUCCCCCUGCAUAACUGACAGAAACAAAACCCUGCAGAACGGGAUCCUCUGCAAGUGAGACCCAGUCUCAAGGUACAGGGGUCCUUAUAACUGCACGGGAGGAGAGGCACCCAACUGUGCGGCCGGCCGGCCAUGUGCUUAUUUAUUACAUGCUUGCCAGGGUUUCGCCAGAGCUGAGUGAGACUCGGGACAUCUCUUCCUGUCCCUUAAGGCUGGGACCCAAGGACUCACCAACUCAUUUUGAUGUAGACAGCAUUCCUUGUCCAUUUCAGGCUCCAAAGACUUCCAAAUGUACAGAACUGUUGAUAUCAUCACCACCUUCCCCUGACUCCCACCGGUCACUCUCUACUGUUCCUGGAAAGGGAAAGUCAUGGGCCAUUCUGUGUACAGUGUGUUUCCCAGGACAUUGCAAUGAUGUUUGGGUAACCACACUAUACUGACUGCUUCCAGAACAGAUGCUGUGUGUCUGUCAUCUGUGGGCUGCAUGGCACUGGUGUUUCACAUGUCUGCUAUGGGCACAUGCAGAAGCUGCAGUACUCAGUGCAGUCAGCAAGUAACACGAACAUGUUCUAAACCAAACCACCAGCUGGGACAGAAGCAAGAACAGACCCCUGGCCUGCAUCAUCUUUUCAAGUUGCUUGAAGCAGCCAUAUAUUUAAUGGAAAAUGUCUAUUGAAUUAGGAUAGGUUUACAAGACAGAACUUUGAUCCUAUGUUAAGUUCAAUUUUCUAUCAGAAAUGCACUAAGUCAGUAUGCCUUGUGUUGUCACAGCUGGGGAGCUGGAGCCAGCAGCUGUCUCAUGACUUCUGGAAAGCUGACCCUGAGAGUCACUAUUAGAAAAGUUCAACUGUCGGGAAAGAAAAUGUGAUCUUGUGGUUUGUGCAUUCUUCAAAGAUAUGUAAAAUCAUAAUCUUACCUUUCAACAUAGGUCCAGGCUCUGUCACUCUGUUAAAGGGACUGCCUGGAGGUAUUUCUGUGUGUGCUCUUCCCCAGGGAUCCUCUAUGAAUACAAACUGAUGAAAAGAAGCACAUAUCUGCAGAGCUCUCAUAAGCACACAGUUGACAUGUUGAAUUCUUUGUAAAAAAAAA